AUGAGGGGCAGGAAGAACUCCAAUGCAGCCCCUGGAGGCAGUACUGUACGGCGAGGCAAUGCGCAGCAGCAAACGACUCCCAGCAGCAGCAGCAGCAGCAGCAGCAGCUUUGUCUUGAGGCCCCUUCCUGCUCCUGCAAAUCCACGCCAGCAGCAGCAGCAGCAGCAGCAGCAGCAGCAGCAGCAACAGCAGCAGCAGCAGCAGCAGCAGCAACCGCAGCAACCGCAGCAGCAGGGCGCUGGUGGCAGCAGCAGCAGCAACAGGAGACGCUUCACUGGUGAUGGACAAUACGCCCCAGGCAGCAGCAGCAGCAGCAGCAACAACAACAACAGCAGCAGCAGCAGCAGCAGCAGGGGACGAGGCAGCCCUUGGGGGCUGCAGCAGUUCAACUACCGGCAGCAGCAACGCAUGCAGCAGCAGCAGCACCACUACCACCAAGCGGCAGCAGUUCCCGCGUCGUGGGCGUGGUCGUUUGCUGCCUCACAACAGCAGCAGCAGCAGCAGCAACAACAACAACAGCAGCAGCAGCAACACGCACCCCAACAGCAGCAGCAGCAGCAGCAGGAGACAUGGGGGAGAAGCUACCGCAGCAGCAGCAGCAGCAGCAGCAGCAGGAGCAGCAGCAGGAGCAGCAGCAGGAGCAGCAGCAGGAGCCAGGAGCAGCAGCAGGAGCAGCAGCAGGAGCAGCAGCAGGAGCAGCAGCCGCAGCAGGCUGCUUCAAGAGCUUCUAUAACGGACGCGCCCGAAAAUAAAGACGAGCAGCAGCAGCAGCAACAGCCGCAGCAGCAGGAGCAGCAGCAGGAGCAGCAGCAGCAGGAGCAGCAGCAGCAGCAACCGAAGGAAGAAGAGGGGAAGGAGGAAGAGCAGCAGCAGCAGCAGCAGCAGCAGCAGCCGGAGCAACAGCAGCAGCAAACGCCAGAGAAGCAGCCGCAGGAAAAACAGCAGCAAGAGCUGCAGGGGGAGAAGCACGACGAACAGCAGCAGCAGCAGCAGCAGCAGCAGCAGCACGAGCAGCAGGAGCAGCAGCAGCAGCAGCAGCAGCCUCAGGCGUCUGAUACAGAGAACCAGGACAAGCAGCACACGUCAGAGCAGCAGCAGCAGCAGCAGGAGCAGCAGCAGCAAGAGCAGCAGCAGCACGACACACAGCAGCCUGAGGAGAAGCAGCAAAGCAAGCGCGAGGAGGAGCAGCAGCAGCAGGAGCAGCAGCAGCACGAACAGCCGCAGCAAGAGCAGCAGCAGCAGCAGCAGCAGCAAGAACAGCAGCAGCACGAGCAGCAGCAGCACGAGCAGCAGCAGCACGAGCAGCAAAGUCUUGCGGAUGCAGCUCAGCAGCCUAAGCAACAGCAGCACGAACGACGGGAGGAGGAAGAAGAGCAGCAGCAGCAGCAGCACGAGCAGCAGCAGCAAGAGCAGCAGCAAGAGCAGCAGCAGCAGCAACCUGAGGGAGCUGCAGACAAUGAAAAGUCAGUGCAGCAGCAGCAGCAAGAGGAUGCUACUGCUGCAGAUGCCGCGACACAGGAGAAACGGCAGCAGCAGCAUGAGCAGCAGCAGCAGCAUGAGCAGCAGCAGCAGCAGCAGCAGCAGCAGGAUUCGCAGCAGUCUUCAGAGUAUGCAAGCUCGGACACAGAGCAUUCCCCUCAGCAGCAAGAGCAGCAGCAGCAAGAGCAGCAGCAGCAGCAUGAGCAGCAGCAGCAAGCGCAGCAGCAGCAAGAGCAGCAGCGUGAAGCAGCAGAGCCCGAGCAGCAGCUGCAGGAAACGCAGCAGCAGCAGCAGCAGCAGCAACAGCACCAAGAAGAGGCGCAGCAGCAGCAGCAAGCGGAGCAGCAGCAGCAGCAAGAGGAGCAGCAGGAGCAAAGACCUGAGCAGCAGCAGCAGCAGCACUACGACGAGCAGCAGCAGCAAGAGCAUCAGCAGCAGCAGCAGCAGCAUGAAGAGCAGCAGCAGCAGCAGCACGAGCAGCAGGAGCAGCAGCGCGAGUCACCGCAGCAGCUGGAGCAACGACAACAGGAGCAGCAGCAGCAGCAGCAGCAGCAGGAGCAGCAGCAGCCACGCCGCUCGGAUCUGCAGGAGCAGCUGAAAGAGGAGGACGAGCAGCAGCAGCAGCAGCAGCAGCAGGAAGAGCAGCAGGAGCAGCAGCAGCAGCAGCUGCGUCUACCGGAGCUUCCUCAGCAGCAGCAGCAGCAGCAGCAGGAGCAGCAGGAGCAGCAGCAGCAGGAAGAAUCUGACUCUAAAGAAGAACCUGCUGCUGCAGCAGCAGCAGCAGCAGCAGAAUCUGGAUCCGAAUCCGACUCAGCAGCAGCAGCAGCAGCAGCAGCAGCAGCAGCAGCAGCACCAAAGAAACCUCGAUGGGCUGAUAUGGGGGAUGACCCAGAUGAUGAAGAAUUUGAGUUUCCUGAUUACCUGCAGCAGCAAAUGCUGCAGCAGAGCUAG